AUGGUGCUAGACGACGCGUCACCCCAGGCAGGCUUACCACCGAACAACAAUGCCUCACCCGGCGCAUCUUCCGCACCCCGCAUGACUCCAGACCCUAUCUUCGCCAAGUACUUCCCGUUGAAGAUCAAGCCAGAGCUAGUGGUGAAGCCAGAUCUCUUCACGCUUUACUUUGGAUUUUUCGGCGCAAACAACUGGAGACGCUGUAUCGCAAACUCUCUGACCGACCGCAUCGAGCACCAAUGGAUCGUAACGAACCGCUUCCCCACACAAGAUGAAAUGGACGUUUACACCACGGCCAACUCGCGCGGCCUGUACUACAAGACAAUGGGACUACCAGCCUCUGCCUUUCUCAGUACUGCGUGGGUAUAUCGCAGCCUCAGGAAGGACCCGGUGUGGCCGGAACGCAUGGGAACGCCUGCGGAGCUUAUGAAACAUUUUCAGACACAUUCCAUGGUCAAUAGAGAGUACCUCGUUGGCUUGGCGGUGAAAUCCUCGUUCAAAAUGCUCUUCUUGACUACCACUGGUUAUAUUAUCUCAUCUUUUGUUGGUUCAUGGGCGGAUGCGCAGACUGUGAUCACAGACCCACGCAUGAAGCCGUUUACGGACGAUUUGAGACACAUCAGCAAGGAAGACAUGCAGAAGCGCAGGAUGCAUGCUACCGUUGAUCGGGUCCGCAGGGAGAGGUCCGGCGAGAAGACUAUUAGUGUGAAGAUUCGAGAGGAUUUGAGCAAUGCCCGUGGGUAUGACCGGCCUCAGUCCGACUACGAUAGCCCGGCAUCAUACGGCCAGUCUGAGAGCGAUACGUCCUACAACACAUAUCAGGACGACCAGAAUAACUCGAGGGGUCAAUCGGCACCUUACACUUCUCGGCCCCAGGCGUACGGGACACCUCGAGGAAUGGGCAACGAGCCCGCUUCUCAAUCGAAUCCCGGGUCUGAUUUCUUCUUAAGUGGCAGCGACGAUGACGCCAGCCCCACCGCUCCGGAAUACCGUAACACCAACCCCGACGGCUCCUCUACUGGCAGUGCUUGGGACCGCGUCAGACAUCAGAAUAAUUCAGGUGCUCAGCAGCCCCAAGCCCGCCAGCCUCGCAUGCAACAAUGGGGCCAGCAGAAUACCCCUGAGUCGGAUUACGCUCCCACCAACGACCAGGACCGAUACAACGAAAGAAGACGCGACAAAGAACAGGGACACGCUGAUUCAACAAGAUGGUAG